UUAUUAUGAAUUGGAAGUUCCUAUUUAGCUCAGAUCAAUCUAAUCUGCGUUUUGAAGUUGAAGGGGUUAUUAUUCUGUGAAGCAGAUUGAAAACAAUCAUAAACAAUGUCGUCAUUAACGGUUCCGAAAACAAAUCAGCCAAAUUGGAGUCCCUAUGUGAAGGUAUAUGACCCUUUAAAAGCGGGAAGUAUCGACGGGACUGACUUAAUUCCACAUGACAAUGCUGUUGUUCGGGCCAUGUCUGCUGAGUAUAAUCCACCCGAUGAAAGAACCAUCACCUCAAAUCCAGUGAACACAUUAUUUGUUGGUCGGCUCAAUUUGAGAACUAGUGAAAGGCAACUAAAAGAUGAGUUUGGCCAAUAUGGUCAGGUAAAAAGUUGCAGACUAGUACGAGAUAUCAUCACUGGGAUGUCUCGCGGGUAUGGAUUUGUUGAAUUCAGAAAGGAAUCAGAUGCCCAUAGAGCGUGGAAAGCAGCACAUGGUUCUAUGUUCCAUGAACGUCAGAUUUUGGUGGAAUGGGAAUUUUCUAGGACAAUGCCUGGCUGGAUACCCCGCCGACUAGGUGGUGGCCUUGGUGGAAAGAAGGAAUCUGGACAGCUGCGUUUUGGUGGUAGAGAUCGUCCCUUUAAAAGACCCUUCAUUGUUCCUGCAGAUCAAGACAGCUCAUCCUUUUCAGGUGAUUUUGAACAGCAUCCUCAAAUUCAAGAGGUAGACAGUCAUCUGAGAGAUGAGUUUGGUAAGGGUAAAAAUUUGAGAUUGGAAAAGCCCAAGUUUAGGGUUAAUGAAUUUGAAAACCAGUCUAGCUAUGUCUUUGAUGAUGCACGGAAAUAUAAGAACUAUUCAGACAAAGGGUUAAAUUAUGAUGAAAAGAAGUAUAAGAACUUUCCCAAGGAAAAGUUCUUUAAUGAUAAAAUAAAUUAUAAGACAUUUUCAGAAGGAAAGUCUGCUAGUUUAUCUCAUUUUGGAGAGGAUAGAAGAGGGCAUAGAAAUGAUACAAGUAAGUUUUAUGAACAUCCAUCCUAUGAAGAAGGUGGACAGAAGUACAGACAUAAGAAAGAAGAAAGAUAUCAAUCUAUCAACCAUGACAAGAGCAAAUAUAAAAGAGUUACAGAAAAUAUUUAUUAUGAGCAAGGUACAAACAAGUAUGACAGAGAGUAUUCAGACAAGAGUUCUUACUGGGAGGAUAGCACGAAAUACAGAAGAAAAAGUAAUGACAGAUACCCUCAUCAACUUGAUCUUGGGAUUAGACAAAAAAAAUUCAGUAGAGACUUUAAGGAAAAGCAUGCUGAUCACUCAAGAUGUAAUGAAAAUGAAUCAGAAACAUUUAAGAGACAUUCACAGAAGAAGUAUAAGGAGGGUGAUAAUUAUGAAAUUGACAAUUUCUCUCAUAAAUCCUCUGAAAGCAGUAUUUCUUCAAAAUUUGAGAGAGAAGCUGACAAAAGAGGAAGGGACACUGCAAACCUUGCAUUUAUAGGUGCAAGUACAUCCAAAUCAGAAAUCGUAACAAGUUAUAGACUAGAUUCAACCCAGACUUAUGAAAUGAAUCUCAAGAGGAAAUAUAGAAGUAGUAGUAUUUCAAGCUCAUCAAGCUGUAGUAAAUCAUCUUCUAAAAAAAAGCAUAGAAGAAAGCAUAAAAAAGGGAGUAAGAAAACUGAUCGGGGUGAAAAUGAUGUAUCUUCAUGUGAAUCGGGACCAUCUAAAAAGCAUAAGAAGUCAAAAAAAAAGAAGAAAAAGAAGUCAAGGAGAGCUUCCAAAGAUGGCACUGAUACAGAUUAAAUAGAUCAAAUGUACAGGUGGAUUUAAAUUAAUUUUU